AGUUACAAAAGGUGUACGCGAACUAUUACAGGGCUCAAAAAAAUCAGCAAAAGUUGAAUACAGUCAUUGGUCGUCUCAGAAAGCAGUUAAUUCGUACUAAGCAAAAAGUACAAAGUUUGGAAACAUCUAAAAAUGUAACUGAAAAAGAAUUGGAGAAUUUAAAAGAUGCUGUAAAAGAGACAUAUGCAGAAUGCAAAAUACUUGCAGAAAAAAGGGCAUUAAAAAAAAUUGCACAUAAAUUUAAACAAAAGUUUGGAAAGAAUCUGCCGAAAAUUUUGGGUCUAAAAACUAAAAUAAGAUUUUGCAAUCGUAGAAGUAAUAAAAAUUACGGGACAUUAAAGGUUCGAGAAAACAUUGCGGCGUUCUAUCUGCGAGAUGACGUAUCUAGAUGUGCAGCUGGUCGUAGAGAGUGUAAAACAAGAAACAAACAGAAGAUGCAAAUAAGAUAUUUGCUGGACACCCUUUCGAACACUUAUCGUAUGUAUGUAGAAGAAGGCGGUAAAUUUGGUUUUACUACAUUUUAUCGCUGUAAACCAUUUUAUGUUAUAGCGCCCACUCGUGCAGCUAGAGAUACGUGCUUGUGCAUUAAACACAGUAAUUUCCAAUAUUUGUUUAACGCUUUGAAAUAUCGAUCAAUCAUCUCGUACAAAAAUAUUGACGAAGUUGUCAAAUUUUUUUCUUGUAAUAUUACUGCAUUUAACUGUAUGCACGGAUGCUGUGAGGUUUGCAAAAAUCCUCGCUUAGAAAUUGAUAUUCAUCAAGCUAAUGAUACUAUUAAGUGGCAUCAAUGGGUAAGAACUGAUCACAAAUACCAAAGAGGUAGUAAAGAAUGCGUUACCAAAAAAACAAUUAAGCAAGAACAGGUAGGUACUGUCGCUGAUUUAACAUCAUUAUUCAUAGAAAAAAUACCACUCUUUAAAAUACACUUUCACAACUGGAAAGAGCAGCAAAAACAGUAUCAAAAAUGUGUUAAUAAUCUUAAAAAUGGUGAGAUCGCAAUCUUAUGUGACUUUUCUGAGAACUACGAAUGUAAAUAUGCUAAUGAAGUUCAAUCAAUUCAUUUCGGUGCCUCAAAAAACACUAUUACUCUUCAUACUGGUGCAAUAUUUUUUACUGAUAAAUGUCAAACAUUUGCAACCGUUUCGGAUAAUAAUAACCAUGACCCUGGAGCUAUCUGGGCACAUUUAUUACCUGUUAUUAAAUAUGCAAAGGAAAACUACCCGGAAAUUUCUAUUAUUCAUUUUUUUUCAGAUGGACCUACAAGCCAAUAUAGACAAAAAAAAAACUUUUAUCUGCUCAAUUUAUUUACCUGUAAAUUAAAUCUUAAAUAUUCUACAUGGUCUUUCUCAGAAAGUGGCCAUGGUAAGGGCAUUGCUGAUGGCGUUGGUGGUAGUGUAAAACGCCAAUUAGAUAGAAGAGUCUCAUACGGCUGCGAUGUCACCAAUGCAACAGAUGCCUUUGAAGUGUUGUCUAACUCAAUGAAAACAGUUAAAUGUUUUUAUGUUAACGAUACUGACACAAAAAAUAUUUCUAAACUUAUUCCAACCAAUAUUGCAACCGUUCCUGGAACGAUGAAAUUGCACCAAAUUAUUUCAUCUUCCAAAAAUACUAUAAAGUAUAGAUUGCUUAGUUGUUUUUGCGGCGAUAAUGCAGGGUUAUGUUCCUGCUAUAACCCAAAAUUUCAUGAGUUUGUUCAGCCUAAUAAAACGGCACCAAAAGUAGACCAACCAAUUGUUAUAACUGUGCCAUCGUCAGAGGUGGAAUAUGAUUUACCUUCUCCAUCCAUAACCGAGCAAAUUGAUGUAACAACUUUAAAUUUUGAUAUUGAUACGAAUUUUAAUAUUGAGAAUAACAACUGUGAUCUUCCAGCAGUACAUAUCACAAGUCCUGUAUGUGAAAAAAAACGCGCUCGCGUUUUGUAUCCUGGAGACCCUCAACCACCUCUUAAAAGCAUAAGUGCGACCUCUCUUCUAUACAAUACGGGAUCUUUUAAUAAAUCUAAAAAUAAGGACCUUGAUACGAAUUUUAAUAUAGAGGGUAACAACUGUGAUCUUCCAUUAGUACAUAUCAUAAGUCCUAAACGUGAAAAAAAACGUGCUCGUGUUUUAUUUCCUGGUAACUCUCAACUACCUCCUAAAAAUAUAAGUGCGAGCUCUCUUCUAUAUAAUACGAAAUCUUUUAUUAAUAAAUCUAAAAAUAUUGGCCCUGCCUGUAAGUUGUGUCAAAUGGAAUUAAAGAGUAAAAUAAAGUGCAUGGUUUGCAAAUCUGAUAUAUGUCUGAAAUGCAGUGACUCAGUCUCUUUUGAUUACAUAUGUCCUCCUUGUCUUUGUGACUCAGAUUAAAGGUAAAUUUCACCUUCAACAUAAAAUUUUAUUGUUAUAAUUUAUUGUUAAAUUUUAUUAGUUUUUAGGGCGAAUUUAAUAAUCAAUCACUGAUUAGGAUGCCGUUAUUUUGCUAAAAUUGUGUUGUAUUAACAAAUGUGAUUGAUUUUGGAAAAGUUAAAAAAAUUAAACCAGUACAAGAAGUUAGAUUUUUUAGGUAAAAAUAAUCGUUAACGUUAACGUGACGAAGAUAAUUAUUUUACAUUAGUUUUUUACAGAAAAAAAAAUACUCGUAACGGCUAACUUAUAAUCAAUCAUUGAUUAGUAUGCCGUAAUUUUGCUAACAUUGUGUUGUAACUGACAACUGUGAUUGAUUUUGAGACUGAUUAAAAAAUAUAUUUGUAGAAGAAAGAAAAAUUUGUGUUUGUGAUCUCAGCUUUAUGUUCCUAUUAGUAACUAAGAAUUCCGAUUAGUAAUUGGUUGAAGUGAGACUUCUUUUAGAAAAUGUUAUUUUACUUUGUUAAUUAGUAAGAAUAUAAUUAAUAUAAGAACGAAAUGUUAUUAACAUAAUAAUGUUUUACCUGAAUUGCUAAGACAUUUAGUUUUAUACCUUACGGAUUUUUCAUAAGAGAGUAUUAAAAAUGUUGAUGAUGAUAAAAAUGUUACUUACCGGAAGUAAAUUCCUUAAUAAUUUGUAGAAUAAUACUGAUAAUGUUAUUUUUUUCUUGUAUUCUAAAUGAAAACAGUUACAUUAAUAGGUUUUUAAAUAAAAAUAUAUGGAAAACGUGUUUUAUUUAUUUAUUAUCAAUUCACAUUUUGAAGACGACUUGCGCCCCGAAUUGUCGAGAAAUGCUCAUUUUUUGACGAAAUUACUUUUUCAAUUACAGUAUAUUUAGUAUUUCCAGAAAGCUUAUUUUAAAAGCUAUUUAGAAAUGUAAAAAUAAAUCAGAUAAUCGAAUAUUUUUUUUUAGGCAUUCCGGUACAGUAACGGUCAUCUUUUUUG